GAUGGCAUCAGGCGUGGCCGGCCGAGAGCUGACACCGUCCGUGACCUGAUCAGCGAAGGCGAGCACUCCUCCAGCAGAAUCCGGUGCAAUAUCUGCCACAGGGUCUUUCCACGAGAGAAGUCGCUGCAGGCCCACAAACGAACUCACACCGGUGAAAGGCCUUACUUGUGUGACUACCCAGAUUGCGGGAAAGCCUUUGUUCAGAGCGGGCAGCUCAAAACUCACCAACGUCUCCACACAGGGGAGAAACCUUUCGUCUGCUCAGAGAAUGGCUGUUUAAGCAGAUUCACGCAUGCAAACCGUCAUUGCCCCAAACAUCCGUAUGCCCGACUGAAGAGGGAAGAGCUCACAGACAGGCUGAGUAAGAAGCAGACAGCUGACAAUCAAGCUGUGGCUGAGUGGCUAGCAAAAUACUGGGAGACCAGAGAACAGCGUGCUCCUGCUUUGAAAACUAAAACAAUCCAGAAAACAGAUCAGGAACAGCAGGACCCAAUGGAAUAUCUUCAGUCUGAUGAAGAGGAUGAUGAAGAGAAAAACAGUGCUCGUUCAGCUGCCCGCCGCCGCCUCCAGGAACAGCGUGAACGCAUGCAUGGCGCACUGGCUCUCAUUGAGCUUGCAAACCUAGCUGUGGCACCCCUUCGACAGUAGAUAGGAAGCACAGUAGAUAGGAAACGAGUCUGCUUAUACAAAGUGUACUUCCUGGUGGUACUUAACCAGUUAGAUCCUGGGCAUAAGCUAAGCACCUUAUUUGCUUAUAAUAGGCUGCUAUUCUGUAGAAUUUAUGAAGAAUGUUGUUGCUCCAUAACAUGGGGUGAGAGAAUUGCACUUUUUGUAAGGUAAAAGAUAGAUGUAAGUUUCUAAGUAUUUUGUAAAUAUAGGUCUGCAUAAUGCAGGGUUGACAAGUUAACAUGUUGUGGGAA